GGAUUUCCGUAGAGAGAAAUCUCCUCCUGCGACGGCCAACGCCACCACCACCACCACCGAUCGAAUUCCGAAAUCGAUCGUUUUGGGAAAAUGCAACCAACAAACCCUACCUUGUCUGAUCUUUAUGCUCAUCAGCGCCAGCACCCAACCUCGCAGUACUAUUCUCAUUUCCCCCCUCAAAACCCUAACCCUUAUCCCCUUCAUCUGCACCGCCAAUUGCAAAUCGAAUCGCAAAUUAGCAGCGCCGCGAUGAAUCUUGAUCCGCCUGCCUCUAACACGUAUUUUACGACGUAUUCCGUUAAUCCUGCCGGUGGCGCCUACAAUGCUCACCAUGCCAGUGGCGUGACCUACUCUCAGACUAUUGGUGUGGCACCACCGCCUGCUUAUGCAGCGGACCUGUUGGUGCAAAAUUGGCCGUCAGAGGAGUCUGUUCAGCAAUACGCAAACACUCUAUAUGCAACCGUUGGAACAGUAACUCAAGAUGGCUUACAACAGCUACCAUCUGCAAUUCCUACCCCUAGUGGAUGGACCAACCCAACCUUCCUUCCUCGUGGGCCUUGGAAAAAGCUCCCAAAGAAAACAAAAAUUGCUCAGUCUGCCUGGUGUGAAAUCUGUAAGAUUGAGUGCAACACCAAGGAUGUUCUUUAUCAACAUAAGUUGGGGAAGAAACACUUGAAAAAUCUGGAAAAAUUGAACUCAGUUUCUUCAGUUGCCACUAGUUCCUUCAUCCCCCAUGUCCAUCCGGCAGUGCCAAGCAACCCAAUCAUUGGACCCCCGGAAAACCCAAAACUUGUCAAUCCUGUUCCAAAAAAGAAGAAGGCCGAGACUCCAGAAGACUUGGAGAUGAAGAGAAGGAAGGUAUUGGAAGGCGGGGCCGCUGCGAAUGCCGUUAGAACUUGUAGAAUUUGCAACGUAAUUUGCAACAGUGAUACCGUUUUCAGAUUCCAUCUUGCGGGACAAAAACAUUCUUUCAUGUUGAAGAAAUUACAAGGUGCAGGGAUGACUGGUUUGGUUUGAACAACGUGAGCAUUAGCAUGCAUAUUCUUAUUGUCUAUCUUGAGAUAUGAUGAAUAUUUACAGCACUUGAGAAUGUUUUUUCAUCUUCUAUUGCGUUCUGAUAGGGAUAAAGUUAGUUAGAGGGUUUGUUGUUAAAAAAUUUGACAUCUUUAUUAUCAAUGAUCAACCAUGCAUGAUGUAACAUCAUCUCAUAUUUGUUGGAUUUUGGU